AUGGGCAUCGCGACGUGCGAGUGCCCGCCCGAGUGCGAGCCCGUGAUGCGGCCCGUGUGCGGCCGCGACGGGCGCACCUACCCCAGCGCGUGCGAGCUGCGCCGCGCCGCCUGCCUCGCCAAGCGCCACCUCGACGUGGCGCACGCCGGCGCCUGCGGCGGGCAGGGCCCGUGCGCGACGCACGUGUGCGAGUUCGGCGCGCAGUGCGUGGAGCGCGCGGGGCAGGCUGCGUGCGUGUGUCCGUCGUGCUCCGCCGAGUUCGACCCGGUGUGCGGCAGCGACGGAAUCUCCUACGACAACGAGUGCCGCCUGCGCCUGGAGGCCUGCCAGCACCGCAGGCACAUCAAGCUGCUCUACAAGGGACGCUGCAGUGAGUAG